AUUGCUCCCCGCGCCGAGCUGUGUCGCCGCCGUCGCCUAGGCGGUUGGGGGUCGGUGGGGCGGCGCGGGCGGGGGUCGCUGCGCGGGGCGGCGGGCCUCUGUUUUGUCUCCUCCUCUCCCUGUGGAGCGGCUCUGGCUGCCGGGGAGGCCCCGGCUCCCUCCGGACGCUCGGCCAACGGCGUCGGCGGCGGCUGCUAGUCCGCGGCCCUGCUGAGAGGGAAAAGGACGCCGCGGUCUUCCCAGGCGUCGCGGAGAGCAGGGAUGUUGCCAGAGUCACCCACUAGGUGGACUGAAGGAUCUCUUAGGUCAAGUUCUGUCAAGUUACCAGCAGAAGCUACUGAUUAUGAAAUUUCAGUUACAACAUUAUCUUGCCAAGUGAAAAAGCUACGCCUUAAGAGGGUUCCAAAGAACUACUGGUUCAGAUUUUAGCUCUUCCCAAGUUGUGAAAAUAGUGAAGGAUGCUUAGACUACUUAACAUACAAACUGCUUUCUGGUUAAUCAUCUUUAGAAGACUGGAUUUCUGGAUAUCUACUCCAUUCCAUCUCUAUUGACUUUUAAAACAUGAUAAUGCAAACCUAUAACACUGGCAACCAUCAGUGAACCUUUAAUUUCAUUGAUUAAUAGCGUUUGAAGCUUCCUCAGGGAAUAACAAUGACAUCAGCAGUGGUUGACAGUGGAGGUACUAUUUUGGAGCUUUCCAGCAAUGGAGUAGAAAAUCAAGAGGAAAGUGAAAAGGUUUCUGAAUAUCCAGCAGUGAUUGUGGAGCCAGUUCCAAGUGCCAGAUUAGAGCAGGGCUAUGCAGCCCAGGUUCUGGUUUAUGAUGAUGAGACUUAUAUGAUGCAAGAUGUGGCAGAAGAACAAGAAGUUGAGACCGAGAAUGUGGAAACAGUGGAAGCAUCAGUUCAUAGCAGUAAUGCGCACUGUACAGAUAAGACAAUUGAAGCUGCUGAAGCCCUGCUUCAUAUGGAAUCUCCUACCUGCUUGAGGGAUUCAAGAAGUCCUGAAUUUAUCCAUGCUGCUAUGAGGCCAGAUGUCAUUACAGAAACUGUAGUGGAGGUGUCAACUGAAGAGUCUGAACCCAUGGAUACCUCUCCUAUUCCAACAUCACCAGAUAACCAUGAACCAAUGAAAAAGAAAAAAGUUGGCCGUAAACCAAAGACCCAGCAAUCACCAAUUUCCAAUGGGUCUCCUGAGUUAGGUAUAAAGAAGAAACCAAGAGAAGGAAAAGGAAACACAACCUAUUUGUGGGAGUUUCUUUUAGAUCUACUUCAAGAUAAAAAUACUUGUCCCAGGUAUAUUAAAUGGACUCAGAGAGAAAAAGGCAUAUUCAAGCUGGUGGAUUCAAAGGCUGUCUCUAAGCUUUGGGGAAAGCAUAAGAACAAACCAGACAUGAACUAUGAAACCAUGGGACGAGCUUUGAGAUACUACUACCAAAGGGGAAUUCUUGCAAAGGUUGAAGGACAGAGGCUUGUAUAUCAGUUCAAGGAUAUGCCCAAAAACAUAGUGGUCAUAGAUGAUGACAAAAGUGAAACCUGUAAUGAAGAUUUAGCAGGAACUACUGAUGAAAAAUCAUUAGAACGAGUGUCACUGUCUGCAGAAAGUCUCCUGAAAGCAGCAUCCUCUGUUCGCAGUGGAAAAAAUUCAUCCCCUGUAAACUGCUCCAGAGCAGAGAAGGGUGUAGCUAGAGUUGUGAAUAUCACUUCCCCUGGGCACGAUACUUCAUCCAGGUCUCCUACUACCACUGCAUCUGUGUCAGCAACAGCAGCUCCAAGGACAGUUCGUGUGGCAAUGCAGGUACCUGUUGUAAUGACAUCAUUGGGUCAGAAAAUUUCAACUGUGGCAGUUCAGUCAGUUAAUGCAGGUGCACCAUUAAUAACCAGCACUAGUCCAACAACAGCGACCUCUCCAAAGGUAGUCAUUCAGACAAUCCCUACUGUGAUGCCAGCUUCUACUGAAAAUGGAGACAAAAUCACCAUGCAGCCUGCCAAAAUUAUUACCAUCCCAGCUACACAGCUUGCACAGUGUCAACUGCAGACAAAGUCAAAUCUGACUGGAUCAGGAAGCAUUAACAUUGUUGGAACCCCAUUGGCUGUGAGAGCACUUACCCCUGUUUCAAUAGCACAUGGUACACCUGUAAUGAGACUAUCAAUGCCUACUCAGCAGGCAUCUGGCCAGACUCCUCCUCGAGUUAUCAGUGCAGUCAUAAAGGGGCCAGAGGUUAAAUCGGAAGCGGUGGCAAAAAAGCAAGAACAUGAUGUGAAAACUUUGCAGCUAGUAGAAGAAAAACCAGCAGAUGGAAAUAAGACAGUUACCCACGUAGUGGUUGUCAGUGCGCCUUCAGCUAUUGCCCUUCCUGUAACUAUGAAAACAGAAGGACUAGUGACAUGUGAGAAAUAAAAUAGCAGCUCCACCAUGGACUUCAGGCUGUUAGUGGCAGUACUGACAUAAACAUUUGCAAGGGAAGUCAUCAAGAAAAGUCAAAGAAGACUUUAAAACAUUU